AUGUUCUCAAGAUUCUCUAGAGUUAUUCCAAGAACUGCUGCAGCUUUCACUGCCACCAGAACUUUCUCCACUGCCUCAAAACAGUUCAACACUCAACAAUCAUCAAACACCGCUCGUUUCUUAAAGUAUGCUGCCACCGGUGUUGCUUUGACCACUGCCGCCGCUUUUGGUAUUGCCAACUGUGCCGAUAAGACUCCAUUCCAAGGUGUUCCAGGUACCAAGAAUGAGAGAACCUUCAUUGCUAUCAAGCCAGAUGGUACUGCCCGUGGUUUGAUUGGUGAGAUUAUCCACAGAUUCGAGAGAAAGGGAUACAAGUUGGUUGCCAUCAAGAUUUUGCACCCAACCAAGGAACAAGCUGAGGCUCACUAUGCUGACUUGAGCUCAAAGCCAUUCUUCAAUGGUCUCGUCAAGUUCUUCUCCUCUGGUGCUAUCGUUGCUAUGGUUUGGGAAGGUAAAGGUGUUAUCAAGGGUGGUCGUUCUUUAGUUGGUGCCACUGACCCAGCUCAAUCAUUACCAGGAUCCAUUCGUGGUGAUUUGUGUGUCGAAGUCGGUCGUAACAUUGUCCACGGUUCAGACGGUCCAGAGAGUGCACAACAUGAGAUCAAGCUUUGGUUCAAGGAGAACGAAUUUGCCGAGUGGAAUUCAAUUCAACCAGUUUACGAGAAUUAA